CAAGGUUAACCUGUUCAGGAGAAGUAAUACCAGUAUGAAGACCGAGGAUGAGAAGAAAGAGAAGGAGAUCCAAUAUGAAGACCCCCCGGACGGUGGCUGGGGCUGGAUGGUCGUACUUCACUGCUUCCUGGUGAAUGUGCUGGUGAUGGGGACCCUAAAAAGCUUUGGGAUCUUCUUCGUGGCGUUCCAGGAUGAGUUCGGAGGGUCAGCAGAGAGUAUCAGCUGGAUCGGCUCCAUCAUGUCUAGCCUGCGGCUCUCAGGAGGUCCCUUGGCCUCUGUAGCUUGUGCGAAGUUGGGUAACAGAGUGACCUCUAUAGCCGGGGCUGUACUGGUCAGUGUUGGCUUCCUCCUGAGUAUCUUUGCUACCAGCGUGGUAUUCCUCUAUAUCAGCAUGGGGCUGAUUGUAGGCCUUGGGUUUGCGCUCCUGUACCAAGCCACCUCAGUUGCCACGGCAACAUAUUUCCGUAAGAGGUUAGCGACGGCCUACUCCAUCGGAAGGUCUGGGAUGGGCUUGACCUUCGCCCUCGCCCCCUUCACUCAGCUGCUGCUGGAAAAGUAUGCCUGGCAAGGAGCUCUGCUGAUCCUGGGAGGCCUGAUGUUGAACCUGGUGGCCUCUGGGAUGCUGCUAAGACCCAUCCACGUGAAGCCUGCACCACCCCCUUCCUCAUCCUCAUCGUCAAUCAUCCAAAAAAGCCCUCUGAUAGGUCCAGAGAAGGAAAAGAACUGCCCUCAGAAUGGAUGCUGCCUUAACGGAUCCACGCCGUUAACCAAUGGUAUCGCCAAAUCAGACUCUUCCCGUUCCAUUCCUCCACCCCUCCACUGGGAAGCUGAGACCCAAGAGAAGGCCACGACCCAUGGGCUGGGUCAGAGCAACCACAGCCACCCACCUCCACCAAACCCUGAACUGACCAAACGUGUCCAGAACAGGCAGGUGAACGGGAACGUUCAGGAGCAGUCCCCCACCACGCCACUCACAGACACCCCCAGCCCUGUGGAACAGAACGGUACCAUUAGCAUAAACGGUUCCGCUGUGGUUGGGUUCUCCUCGCCGAACGGCACCACCACCGUGGACGACCCUAUCCCACUGUUCGUGAAAAACCGAGUCCUGGACUUCUCCCUGUUAAAGAACCCCUUUUUCUGCAUCUAUACCUGGUCCCUGGUGUUUAGCCAGCUGGCUUACUUCAUCCCCUACUUCCACCUGUCUGCCCGGGCCAGGAACCUGGGUAUCGAUGCCAUGGACGCUUCCUUCAUCAUCUCUGUGGCAGGUAUCACAGAGACUAUAGCCCAGCUCGGCUCUGGUUGGCUAGCGGAUAAGAACCUGUUCCAUAAGUACCACUACCACAAGGCCUACCUGAUCCUGUGUGGAGUGGUCAACCUGUUUGCCCCACUGGCUAACACUUACAUCCUUCUCAUGGUUUACGCUGUCUUCUUUGCCAUCUUCUGCGGCGGCUACAUGGCACUGCUACUGCCUGUCCUGGUGGACCUGGUAGGACAAGAAAAACUCAACAACUCCAUGGGAUUCUCUAUGUUCUUCGUAGGCCUCGGCUGUCUGACAGGACCUCCUCUCGCAGGUUUCCUGUAUGACUACACCCAGACCUACGACUGCUCCUUCUACCUGGCGGGGGGGUGUUACCUGCUGUCCUCUUUGUCUCUCUUCCUGGAGCCCGUGGCGAGGAGGUGGCAGAGCAGGAGGAAGAGACGCGAGGCCCGGAACGCAGACACCAGCUGGAAAACCAACGGUUGCUUCUGCCCCGAACCAGAGCUCCCUGUCCUGAAAAACAACAACGGCGUUGUCUAGAUGGUGGUUUCACCACAGCUUUCACAUUUGGUUCCUUGGAAUGUUCUGAGAAUAUUGUAUGCAAAAAUAACCAUAGGGCAAUCACCAUGCCUUAACAAUCACUACGGUCCUUAGAACGAUUUGACCUAGCUGGGACAUUAUCGGACUCCCCAACUCUACUUCAUCAAGCCUGGAAUCAAGGCUAUCUAGAUGGAGGGAGGGCAGGGUUGGCUUCCUGCUCUUAAUAAAUGCUAGACGCUUGACGAUUAUCCAAAGUGACUUAUAGUACAGUGAGUACAGACAUUUUUAGUAUUUGGGAUCCUAGCUGCAAUCGAACCCGCGACCUGUGCUAGAGCCAUUGCUCUUAUUAACUGAGCCACACAGAACUGUGUAAGAGGGAAGAAGGGCAGAGUUGGCUGCUUCCACCCUUUCUCUCACUCUCCUUAAUAAAACAAGCAUGGACCUCCAUGUGCCGACUGUGCCAGUUGGACCUCCAUGUGCCGACUGUGCCAGUUGGACCUAAGUUACCCAGCUUUUGGAUGGGCUGAAAUGACCGUGCCCCUUUGGAGAAAGCCAAGGAAUACCCAACUGACUGACUGGCUGACUGGCUGGAUGGCUGGCUAACAGACUGACUGAAUAGCUGACUGUCUGGAUGGUUUGCUAACAGGCUGACUGGCUAGCUGACUGACGGACUGAGGAGAUGAUGACCACAGCUAUAUGAAUAGUCUAAUAAUGGUUGUGAAGACGUUCAUUCAGUCCAUAAAGAGAGACAGAAAACAGAUAAUCCUGUUUUGUAACUUUGAAAAUAAACCAAAUUUACACUUAUUCUGCUAGGCCAUAUAUGUUAUCCCUCAUAUGUUAUCCCUCAUGUUCUCAUGGAAUCGCCUGACGCCUGCGACACAAAUCUCAUUGUAGUGUCGACUAAUGUGGCUGGAACACUUUUCUUUCGGUAUGAGGAGGUAUUGAACAAGUCAACAACCUGACACAAAACAGUCACUGUAGUCUCUACAAUCACAUCCAUAUGAAUCAGAAACCAUACACCCCUGUGUGUCAUACAGUACACCAUGAAUAUGAAGUACACCAUGGAGGAGUCUUGGGAUGCGUCCCAAUUGGUACCAUAUUCCCUAUAUAGUUUACUACUUUUGAGCAGGGCUCCCAUAGGGCUCCCAUACGGCUCCCCUACAGCUUCCAUAGGUCUCCCAUACAGCUUCCAUAGGGCUCCCAUACAGCUCCCAUACAGCUUCCAUACUGCUCCCAUAGGGCUCCCAUAGGGCUCCCAUACAGCUCCCAUAAGGCUCCCAUAGGGCUCCCAUACAGCUUCCAUAGGGCUCCCAUACAGCUCCCAUACAGCUUCCAUAGGUCUCACAUACACUUCCCAUACAGCUCCCAUAGGGCUCCCAUACAGCUCCCAUAAGGCUCCCAUAGGGCUCCCAUACAGCUCCCAUACAGCUUCCAUACUGCUCCCAUAGGGCUCCCAUAGGGCUCCCAUAGGGCUCCCAUACAGCUCCCAUACAGCUUCCAUAGGGCUCCCAUACAGCUUCCAUAGGGCUCCCAUACAGCUCCCAUAGGGCUCCCAUACAGCUCCCAUACA